AAGACCAGCAAAUGCAGCCCAAAUUUCCACAAACUUAGUAACAACAAAGACAAACAUGACUAGCCCAUAGGCUCAUUUGUAAACCAAAAUUCCACCAACUAAUUCACAAAAGAACCUUAUCAUCUCAUCAACACAUCUUAUCCACACCAACAAAAUCUUUCACACCACAUUUUCCUCACUCACCAUGGCAACAAUUCAAUUUACAACCUCUCCAUCUUCAACUCUCAUUCCAACAAGAAAGCAAGCUACUCUUGCUGCUAUUCAGCUAAACAAUCCCUGGGCAGUCAGGAGAAUCAAAAAUCGUCGAGUAUCUAGCAUUGUCCGGGCUUAUAAAGUAUUAGUAGAUCAUGAAGGUAAAACAACAGAGUUGGAGGUUGAACCUGAUGAGACAAUAUUGUCGAAGGCACUUGACGUUGGCAUGUCUGUACCGUACGACUGUAAGCUAGGAGUGUGCAUGACUUGUCCAGCAAAGCUUCUAAGUGGGAAAGUUGAUCAAAGUGAAGGUAUGCUAAGUGAUGAUGUUGUGGAGAGAGGUUAUGCAUUACUAUGUGCAGCAUAUCCAAGAUCAGAUUGUCACAUUAGAGUUAUACCUGAAGAAGAGCUUUUGUCUCUGCAACUCGCAACUGCCGAUGAUUGAACAUGAAGACGACGAGCCUAUUGUUGUUAUUCCAUUUUUGACUGAUGUAAAACUGAUACAAGAUGUUGUACCUCUUGAGAAAUUCAAUGAAAAAAGCAUGUAAUGUUUGUUGCUAUUUAAAAAAAAAAUCUUAAAAGCCAUUUCAACUA